UCAUUCUGCAUUAACAAUCACCAGUACGAUGUCCGACAAGAAAUAUAUUGCAGAAGGAUCUUCAUGUUUUUCUAACGUCGUUCAUCAAACCCAGCAACAAACAACACCAAGCCGUUAUGAGUCACAGAAAAGAAGGGAUUGGACCAACUUUGGCCAUUACCUCAAGAACAAGAGGCCCCCAGUUCCACUCUCCCAGUGCGAUUGCAGUCAUGUAUUGAGUUAUCUCCGCUAUCUUGACCAAUUUGGAAAGACUAAAGUUCACAGCCAAGGAUGUAUAUUUUAUGGACAGUCGGAGCCUUGUCCUGCACCUUGCAUUUGCCCACUUAGACAAGCUUGGGGUAGCCUUGAUGCUCUUAUUGGGAGGCUUAGAGCUGCUUAUGAAGAGAAUGGAGGUUCACACGAGGCAAAUCCUUUUGCUAGCGGUGAGAUUCGAGUUUAUCUUCGAGAGAUAAGAGAGUUUCAAGCUAAAGCAAGGGGGUUGCCGUAUAAGAAGAAAAAGAAGAAGACUAUUAAUCAAAGUGAGGGAAGCGAAGAACCAAGUUCUACUGUGCGCACUUCACAGUUUAAUUCCUUUAGCUAAUUUGAAUAUGGUGAUUUUAAUACAUGUCGGUUGAUAUCAAAUUUGGGAUGCAUGUUGUUUGUUGAGAAGGCUAGCUCUAAAGGUAUUGUAAUUGUUGGCAUUGUGCAAACUCCAAUUGGCAUUUAAAUGAAGCUCAAGAUACAAUGAGCAUAUAUAUAUAUAUGCUGUAAUGAAUUACUAUUUUCUACAAAAAAAAAA